AUGACCAACUCUUCAUCCUCUUCACUCGUCGUCGGGCUCGAGGCCAUUCCCCUCAAGCAGCUUGCAGCUGUCUCCCACUCCGCGGCCUCUGGCACAGUCAUCGAGACAAUCCCAGUAGUUCAGCCAUCCGAGCUGAAUCCCGGAGAAGCACUGGUGAAGCUCCUCUACUCGGGCGUGUGUGGGAGCAGCUACCAUCAGGCGUCAGACCACUGGGAUGAGGGCAAGGGACGCGUGCCGCGGCCUCUCAUCUCUGGCGAUGAGGGUGUCGGCACGGUCGUCGCAAUCAAUGACCCAACCUCGCGCUUCCAGGUUGGGGAUACAGUUGGCAUCAAGUUCGUUGCAGCAACGUGUAACCAGUGCACACUGUGUCUUGCAGGACUCGAGAUGGUCUGCCCGCAGGCCAAGUACACCGGACGUAGUGUGAACGGCACCUUCCAGCAGUACUCCCUGGCAUGGACAUCUCAGCUCACCCCCAUCCCUCCAAACAUGGACCUUGCCCAUGCUGCUCCCAUCCUUUGUGCCGGCGUGACCGUUUGGCGGGCGUUGAACGAUUCAACGGCACAGCCGGGUGACUGGGUAGCUGUGGCUGGAGCCGGAGGAGGCCUUGGAAGCCUCGCAGUCCAGUACGCCAAGUAUCUCAACAUGCGAGUCAUCGCGAUCGACAGCAAGACCAAGGCGGCGUUCUGCACCGAGGACCUUGAGGCCGACGCGUUUGUCGACUACGCUGUGCCCAACUUUGCGCACGAGGUCAAGAAGAUUGCCGACGGAGUGGGGGUCCAGGCAACCAUUCUUUGCUCCAAUGAGCCCACCUCGUAUCUCUCUGCAACUGAUUACCUCCGUCCAACUGGCAGCGCCAUGAUCGUCGGUCUACCACCAACCGGCUCCCAUGUGCCCGUGGACUGCCGCAAUGCCGUACUAGGCAUGCACACCAUCCGGGGUUGUUUCGUGGGGACACGCAGUGAUGUCAUCGAUGCCCUCGAUAUCGUCGCGCGAGGCAAGGUCGUCCCCAAGGUCACAGUCAAGCCGUUCUCUGCGAUCCAGGAGACGUACGACUGCAUGAAGGACGGGACGCUGUGCGGCCGCGUUGUUGUGGAUCUGUGGAAGUAG